GCGUCGCCCUCUCUGAGGCCCAUUGCAGUUUAUGGAGUCGAGAUUAUUGGGGCCACUCACGCUGUUCAAUCGAAGUUGUUUGUUCAUUCCCUAUACGGCUGUUGGGUGCGAUAAUUUUACCGGAUAAUGCGUCCGUUGUUGACCAACCGUUCCUUGCCCUUGUUUCUCUGCUUUCGGAACCAUUGGUACAGGCGUGGGUUUCUUCCUCCUGAUGUUGAACCCGGUCGGUAUCCAUUUCCUAAGCGCCAAGUACCUUCAUGCGGAAGGCUCUCCUUCUCUGAGCGUAUGACAGAACUCAAUAAGAAACCUCUUAGUCUGGAGACAUUGGAACCAGUUGACAUUGGACUUCCAUUCAGAGCCCCUCUGCUUUCCUCACAACGAUUUCACACCAAGCGUCCUGACUUGGAACCCGCGGCUAGAAAGCGCCAGUUAACCGUCCCUAUUGAUUCGGUCCACUCUGCCCUGGAAGACACUCAAGCUCCACUAAGGCGCCUUUCUGCCGCAAGACAUUUCGACAUUUUCAACGCUUUGUUUGGGCCACCGCACUUUUUCGUACCUCAGAUUAAUUUUGACGUGUAUUAUCCCUACGUCGCUGCUGAUGUGCAACCGUCAGCUGGUAGUACCGCAUCCGACUCGACCAGUGUUGUUCCCGUAUUCAGUGGUAACUUAAUCACCCCAGAAUGUGCAAUGGUUCCUCCGCUUAUUGACCUUUCCACAACACCAACGGACCACUUAUGGACACUGGUCAUGAGCUGCCCAGACGAACCGAUUGGAGGGGAUGAUGGUUCAAAUGCGGCAAAUGAAUAUCUGCACUGGGUGGUGACAAACCUUCAAGUUUGUGGGGAAGACGAGCCGGCCAAAGGGGAUGAAAUCGUUCCCUACCUUCCUCCGCUGCCAUAUGUAGGCACCGGAUAUCAUCGCUAUGUUUUCAUCCUAUACCGGCAGGACAAUGGACGGGUUGAUUUCACUCCCAUGAAGCGAGGGAAAGCUGUGGGUGAUUUACGCACUCAACGCCAGUUCAAUACGCUCGAGUUUUAUAGACAGUACGAAUCCGAACUAACUCCUGGGGGCCUAUCGUUCUUCCAGUCUUCUUGGGACCCGAGUGUACGGAAUUAUUAUCGUACAGUGCUUGAUGUUUCUGAACCAAUUUUCGAAAUUGAAUGGCCAUCACCUCGUGUUCCUCCCCAGGAACGUUUUCCCUUGGCCAACAGUUGGAACAAAGCCAGACGACACCCACAUGGUCUCCCGCUAAUACGCGAGCGUUAUGGUGUACAUAAUGAUGUGUCCUUUGAUGUAUACUUGGAUCGCUAUCGAGAUAGGAAAGAGCUAGCUGAGGAGCUCGUUCGUGAGCGCUUACAGAUUGAGGGGAACCCUUUGGACCCAAAUGAACCUAGACGAAAACAAAUGGAAUAUCCAGCUGCUGUACCUCUUCCGGAGGGGAUGCCAUCGUGGUGGGUUAGACAGGAAAUGCAACGGCGACUACGGAGAGGGCGCUGGAGACACCUAGAGGGACAUGAUGGGUAAACGAUGCGGUCAGUUGCACUGGACGCAUAUUUUUACCUUAUUGUACGAUUAAUAACGACCACCGACCACCUGCAG